CUAAUAAUUUACGGGGUUGAAUCCCGCCGUCCACUAACGCAAAACCCCAUUAAACCGAAACAAAGUCGAUAUAUUGACUUGGGAUGGCUCCACCCUUCUGUUACUAGCACACCAGAAGAGACUUUGGGUGCAAAGCCUGCACUUCCCUGUUCCCAGUCUUCUUCAGCCAGCCAAAGAAGUAAAUGAGUUUUGGCUCAUCUGGAGGAAGCCAGCCCAAAAUCUCUCUUUGGAUCUAAGCCGAGAUUUUUGAUAGACAUGGAGUAAUUGCAUUAAAGACUUUGUGGCAAAUCGUGGGUAAUGAACUGGUUCUCCUCUGGCUGUAAAAGGAGACCCCAGGCUUUUGUAUUGCUAUCACUCUUGGGUGAGAGACAUGUAUCUCUCUUGAGUGAGAGACCAGAGAGAGUAACGCAGUGUAGAGAGAGUAGAGUAGUGUGAGGGCUCCUCCUUUUGGAGGGAGGGAGCCAAGCUCCUCCUAUGAGACUCUGUCAAAAACAGAAUGAGAGAGCAUCUGAAAAUCAGAGAGAGUUUGAGAGCAACAUAUGUAUCUGUUUGUAUUAGUCUGUGAGUGAGUGUGAGUUCGAGUGAUUUUGUAAUCCUCCUUCUCCUCUAUAAUAGAAAUCCGGUUGCCUCCUCUCAUGGACGUAUCCGAUUUUGGAGAACCAUGUAAAUUAUUUGUCUCUGUUUUUAUGUGUGUGUUUGUGUUCUUGGCUUGGUCGUUUGUUUCAGCAACAAAGUCCACUAGGAACUCUGGGCGAUUUUGAACUGCCGGGAAGCCUUCCCCUAUAAAUACUUACAUACUCCACAAGACACCAGAAUCCAACCCUUCGAUCAGACUCUUCAUUGGCACCAAGAGAGUCUAAGAUUUCCAACGGGCAUGAUUAGCGGUGAAGAAGGAUGGAUAUCUUUAGGGCCAUGGGGAGGGAAAUGUGGUGUAUAUUCGACUUACAAGGUUGAGGGGCCUAUAAUACAGAUGACUAUUCGUUACGGAGAUGUUAUUGACUCAAUUUUAUUCGAAAGCAAAAGCUACAAUGACGCUGUUAUAGGAAGCUCAGUGAAAAUUGGCGGUACUGGUGGCGGUGCGCUUGCAAAGUUCUGCAUCGACAUUGCAGUAGAGCAACUCUCGUCCAUAAGCCUGACGUACAAAGACUACUAUGGACGUGUGGUAAUCAAAUCUCUCUGUUUUGAAACAAAUAUUGGGAACAAAUAUGGGCCUUUUGGUUCAGAAUCGGGUGCUUCUUAUGUGUCCAUUCCAAUAGAAGGUCGACUCAUAGCUGGAUUCCAUGGACGUGGUGGAAGCUUCCUUGAUGCUUUUGGUAUAUUUGUGGCGCCCAAGGAGGAGAAUGACGAUGAUCAGCUUUCUCAGAGCCUUAGUGACCCCGAUUUGGAGGCCUGCGAGCACGCACCAGCAAGACCCGAAGGAUUCCCCAGACUUUGGCGUAGAGCAGUAUUGCAGGAACCCGGGCGUACAAGAAAACUAAAUCCAUACCAAUUCCUUCCCUCACUCGAUGACUCAACUGAAAUGAGUCGAGGGGACGAGGACAGCGAGAAUGCUCUUAAGAGUCAUGCAUCCGGCAUCCAUAAUACUAUCACUCUAGGGGCCCAGAAAACCAUAUCGUUGUUCUCGUCUGCUUGCAUGCGCAGGGUGCCCGAAAAUCUUCGUAAUCAGAACUCUAGCGCCUACACUCCUCAUCUCAUCUCUAUCGGCCCCUAUCACCAGCACAUAGAAACACCUAUGCAACACAUCAAGUUGUACUACGCCAACAACCUAUUUCUUCGACUGACCCAAGGAACAUUACUACUGGAUCGGAAAGAAUCCGAAAAAAAAGAAUUCGAGGUGCUAAAAGAAUGUGUGAAAGAAACGAAGAGGUUGGUAGAUGAUGCCGUGAAAAGCUACCCAGAUGAUGUUACGCUGAACGAGGAAAUGAUGGUAGUCGACGGUUGCUUCAUUCUUGAGCUUCUCUACAAAUACUAUGGCCUUAUGAAAGCUGACGGAAAAAAAACUAUCGAUGGAGGAGAUGGUGGCAACUCAAAGGCCUCGAGUAGCAUUCAGCAGCCUGAUGAAGGGGAACAUACCAGCAAAAGCAGCGAACAAGAAAUGGCAGAUCCAAUUUUUGAUAGCAUUUUGACAGAAAACAUCAUCAAACACGAUUUUCUACUACUCGAGAACCAAAUUCCUUUCUUUGUGCUUGAGAAAUUGUUCAAACUCACUGUGGAAAAGAUCCCGAACUGUCCCCAUAAGUGUUCACUCACUGAUUAUGUCCUUUUUUACUUUCGCGACGUGAUGAGUCGAGAAGGCAAUUCCACAAAUAGUGCUGGCGCGACGACAACUAGUUCUUCACCUAAUGACUGUGUCCUUCACGUUUCUGGCGAAGGAGAACAGCCAGCUGGAAAAGCAAAACACUACUAUCAUAUUCUGCAUUUGCUACACGAGAAUUACCUUCCUCUUGCCACCUCGACUGCCCAGAAAACAAAACAGAAAACAAAAUUCAGUGAAUUCACUCUGUCUGCAUCAAACCUUGAAUACGCAGGAGUCCAGUUUAAACCCCUCUCGGGAAACAACCAAUUCGACGUCAAAUUCGAUGAAGACGAAGGCCUAUCCUGGUGGUGCCGUAGGGCCAGUUUUGUGAUUCCAGCUCUCCGUAUACACGACACCACAGAGCCAUUCCUCAGAAACCUCAUUGCUUUUGAACAGUGUGUCCCUGGCGUUUCGCACCACUUCACAUCCUACGCAUUCCUCAUGGACAUGUUAAUCAACUCUGAGAAAGACGUCCAAGUGCUUAAAGAUGCCAAGGUUAUGUAUUGCUACUUGGGCGCAGACGAGGACAUCUCAAAUCUGUUCAACAAGCUGUGCAAGGAUGUUGUAGUAGAAGACUUUUAUUUUGCCGACACUUGCAGCAGAGCGUUCAAGUAUAGCGAGUAUGGCUGGCCGAAGAUUUUGGCAUACCUCAAACGUACGUAUUUUGCCUCUCCGUGGGCAUUCAUAGGUUUCUGUUUGGCCUUCAUCGUUUUUGGCAUGUCGGUUACUCAAUUUGUCUUCAGUUUCUUUCAAUAAACGCCGAUGAUCAAGAAGUUUGUAUUAUGUUUCAACUUGAAUUGUAAGAGUUUUAUGAAUAAAUUGCUGUAAUAAAGUAAUAAGCUUUCCCGUCUCCUUGAAACAUC